AUGGAACUCAGUGGUUCUGAGUCAGAUGGGAGGUUCACAGUCGCCUUUCUGGGGCCACUCGGAACCUACACUCACGAAGCCGCAUACAAAAGGUUUGCUGACCAUGCCCAAUAUCUUGAACGAAAAACAAUCGCUGAUGUCUUUUCUUCUCUCUCCCCAUCGGUUCCCCUUGGUGUGGUUCCUCAAGAAAACUCUACUUUUGGGAGCGUCAUUGAAACGUGCAACGCGCUUCGGGGAUCUCAUCCAGGGUUCGUUCGUGGCGAGGUGCUAUUGAAGAUUGAUCACUGCCUUCUCGUACGAAAGGGAGUAAAGCUAGAUGAGAUACGGAAAGUCAUGAGCCACGAGCAAGCGCUUGGCCAAUGUCAGGAGUUUCUUGCAACGCACCUACCUCUGGCAACGCUAGAGAAGUCAACUUCGACCGCCGCUGCCGCUAGAGCUCUACUCGACAAUCCACCGGAGUGUGCUGCAAUAUGCUCUCAGAUAUGUGCUACUUUAUUUCAAGGACUCGAGGUUCUUCAUCAAGGAAUACAAGGCGAGACGAUGAACUUUACUCGGUUUUACGUUGUUGCGCACUCUCGGGAAACAGUGAUGCCGUUCAGGCAUCCCCUUGACAGGAAGGCACUUGUGCGAAUAUCUGCUCCUAAAUGGCCAUCUAAACCAAGCUCGACACCAAGAAGUAUCGUACAGCUCUUGGACUCUCUCCGCUUAGAUGUUACAUUCAUAGAUCGCCGUCCAUCCGUGUCUUUGAAGCCUUUCCACGAUGUAUACUUUGUCGGAGUUUGCAAUUUUGUCGAUGAACCAGGUCGAAGUAGUGAAGAUUUAUGGGGUUCCUGGACAUCCGAGGUAGAUGAGGCUGCGGAGCGCGUGCGACGGACGGGAGGCGAGAUUGAUGUGCUUGGUGUUUGGUGA